AUGGGUGCGGAGGAUUGGGAGAGCAAAUACAAAGUGCAGGUGUGAAAUCAGCUGAGCGAGUUACUGGACAAGGAAGAGAAUCGUUGGGCUGAGGACGAUGUUAUCCUCCGCAUGGGGAGAGCUCUCACUGAGCCCUCAGGCAGUUCACUCUCCCAAAGCACACAACGCAGUGGCAUCCUACCUGCCACCUACCCAGCGGGCUAUGACAUUAUCGAUCAGUGGCGGAUGAGCCUUUCCCCCCUGACCUUGCACUCCUCCGCCAGGAGAGAGGGGAGUUGGUGCUGCGGCAGGUGUUAA